AAUACGAGAACGAGUGUGCUUAUACAGCUAUAGUAGCAAAACAGAGGCUGGGUGUUGAGUAAAACUGCAAGAAUACACCGUAAUAUUAUACCAGUCGGACUUUCCUCUGAUUAGGCCUGAGAGGAGAGAAUUUGGUAGUAGCGGGCGAGAGUGUGAUCGAGAGGGUAGGCCUAACUUGGACCAUUCAGAAACACGAACUCAAACUAUUCAUGGUUACUGGGGAGGUGCAGAUCAGAACUGGAUACUGAAUGAUUGAUGUAGUGUAGGUAUGAGAGGUUAGGCAACGAAUUAUGGUUACUGAGGAGGUGUAGGUAACAGAAAAUAUAGUUGCAGAGUAUUGAGAUGAAGCUGAAUCAGAAAAGUGGUGAAAUACGUAUGUUGAGGUAUUUAAAACAAGUUGGGAGUACAGCACUGAAGAAGCAUUGUAAUAGAGCAAAAAAAUCACUAAAAACAACAGAAGCAAGGAGUGGAUGACCUAAGAAGCGAUACAAGAGGAACAGCUCACAAGGAAGUAAUGAGUGGAGGAAUUAUAUAGUGCAAGUAUUGUGGGUCAGGUAAGGAGUUCCUGCUUGCUCCUGACUUGAGGUGGUUGUUGCCUGCAGGGACUCACAACCCAGCCUCAUUCCCCAUGCAACAAACUUGGCCAAAGUCUUGUCUCUGGGCUGUGGGCAAGGGAAAGUGGUGAAAUUCAGCUUUUUAAUUGAACCUAAUGUGUCCUGAUAACCUAACCUAACCUAUAAUGCAGUAUGUAAAGAGCCACUUAUCCCUGGAUGCAUCACCAUGACACUGAACACCAGAGAAGGAGUUCCUAGUUCUAGUCCAAUCACACCCUCGCCCCGUACUCAUGAAUUGCAGGGAGCACAGUGGCAGAUCACCAGCCUGGGACAUAGAUAAAUUAGAAUUAAAUGAACCCUUCCACUGUAAUAUGAAACAAUUAACAGCACCAGAAGUAAUGCAUGUAAUCUUUAUAAGCAUCUACAAGAAAGUAUAAAAAAGAAUAGAUUUUGCAGUUUCUACCUUGUUUAAAGAUUAGAAGUGGCUGUAGAGCAAAUAAAGGUGCCUCAGGAUGAUAAGUAAUUAAGGAAAGAUGCACCAAAUUGCAGUCAAAAGGUUAUGUCUAAUGUAUUUUGAUAACCUAACCUAUAAUUCACCACCCAAUGAGCCACGUACCCCUGGACACACCAGCACAACCAACUCUGAACACCGUGCUCCACCAGAGACGAGGUGCUGGGAAUAGCGGAGGCCCACCUUGUGUGCAGGGUUGAAAAAAAAUUUUUAACUUAACCCACUGGGUUUUUUGGGUUUUAUUGUUUUUUGGGAGUUUUAUUUUUUUUAUUAUUUCUCUUAUUUCCAUGUAAAUCAGUUUAAAUAAGCAAUUAAAAGUUAUAGAGUGAAACAGAAGAUUUGAGGUGUUACCUGAAGGUCAUGUUGAUGCAGGCUGGUGCAGUGGGACAAAGCCUGUGUUAACUUGUGCUGUACAGGAAAUGAACAGCACACACGAUGGCAGUGCCCCACUACGUGUCAACUGAGUGGGUGGGGCUGCGCCAUGCCACCCUCCGCUUCCGCCCAAGCAAGGUGCAGGUGGAGAGUCCCAAAGCUCAUGAUGGCCAGGAGGCAGGAGAGGAAGGGGCUGCUCCUGACCAAGGCUUCUCUGUGUGGUCGUGGCUCCCUGGUUCCUGGAGUGAUGGCAUUCCCUGGUUCUCCUCCCCAAAGGACCCGAAGAAGCCACAAGACCAGCCAGCAGUGGAGACACACAAGAUAGAGUGUUACCUGUCAGCAGUGUACAUUGGGGAGUAUGGGGAGAGGAAGAGCAAGGUGUCCAAAGCCAGCAAGAAGAGCAGUAAGCCUCAGGAGGGUGUGGAGGAAACUCCGGUCCCCAGCACUGGACACCAGGCUGAUGUAGGUGGCCAGAACACUGCACCUGACAACUCACUCACUCCCUUGGAAGGCAACACAGAUGACUUAAGGCCUCCAGGGAUUGAAUCAGAGGUGUGGAGUGCAUGGCUGGAGUACUGGGAGGUCUGGAAGGAGGUUCUGAUACCCUUGUCCUGGGUCCACAAGUACCGGGGACACUGCACUCCAGAGUAUAUUGUGUGGCACGACUCUUACUUACAAGAUUAUCCAGAGGUGCUGCCUUGGAUUACUGAGGAGCUGGGGGUCAGUGAGCUGCAAGAAGACACCACAGGGACCAGCCAACUUGGGAGCAAUACAGAGACCAAUGUGUGUAAAAAAGCAGCUGAGGCCACUGGGGAUAAAGACAGUUCCUCUGACUCAGAGUUUGAUAUGACAGAGUUUUACGACUUUCUAAAUGGUGAUAUUGAUAGUGUAGGUGAACGUGCAGAGCAGAUACCCAGGGAUAAUGAGUCAUGGGGGAAGAAGGAUGAAAGUGUGAAUGCUAAUGUGAAUGCUACACUUGAUGGCACCAGUGACACAAAAGGAGGUGCGGACAGAAAGAUGCUGGAUGACCUGUAUGCCAAGCACACAAAGAAGAGGUACCUGGUGCACCUACGGACUUUCCUGCACAGUUCUGGUGUUGAGAGCAGCCAAGAUCUUGAUGCAUUCUUUAAGACGGAGGCUGGUAUUGAUUUCCACAUUGAAACUGCUGCUAUAGAGGCUGAGACAAACACCACAAAACUGAGUGAUGAUACAAGAAACUCUCAAACCAUAACAAACACAUCCACAAUACAUGACAAAGCAAACAAGCUCAAAUCACAGGAACAAACAGAAGAUACGAGAGAAGGAACCCGGGAAAAUGGCACUGGAACAACCAAUCAUGAAGAGCUGGAGAGUUCACCCAUCCCUCAAGGUGACAGUAGCAGGGAAGGUCAGGAAGCUGUGCCAUGUAAGGAUGAGAGGACAGAGCCACAUGCAUCUGAGGAGACAGGUGCAGUAGUGGAGUGGAGUGGUAGUGAGGAGAGCACACAGGAGGAGGCUCUCAAUGCUUCUGGUGUCAGUGUCUCAGCCAGCCAGGAGCACAAGACUUCCAAGAGGAGAAGAAGGAAAAAAGAUACUAUCAAGUUUCAGGGGACAAGCUGGGCCCUCCAGUAUGUGCAGGGAAAGACAGCUGUGCAGAGUGAAGUUCCCCAACCAACUGAGAGGCCCACAGUGUCUCCUGAACCCCACAGAGCAGUCCCUGGAUCUCCCUCUCUGGCCUUUGAGUCCCAUGAAGCAACUGCUGUAACUCUAGAGCCAGCAGGGACUUGUGAGGCACUCCCUAGACCCUCAGAGAAAGAGAACAUUAGGACCGCUGUGGCGGAUGACAGGAAAUUAGAUGAGGAGGAGGAGGAUGCCUUUCAAGUAUUCAUUGAUGACUCAAGGGAAUGUGAAAGAAUAUUUUUGAAGAGGUACCAAAGAAACCAAGAGAGGCAAGCUGAGUUUCAAGCAUUGAGUGAGCCACACACACGCCUCGGGAGAUUGCUGGCAGACUGCAGGUCCUCUCUGGACAGGGCUGCUGUGAGUCUUCAGAGUAUCUUCCUGUCCUUCACUGCCCUGCACUUCCUCAAUGUGGCUCUUCCUGGCAUUGCAGUCAUUGAGUAUGAGAGCUCCGUGACAGAGGAGGUGCCUGGUGAGAGAAAGAGACUGAAGUACAAGUUUGAUGGAUUCACUUUUGAUCAGAGGAUCAACCUGGAGCGUUACCUUCCCCGAAUUGCCAAGUUCUGUCUCAGGACCAUGAAGGACGUGGUGGUGCCCAUGACUGUCCGUCAUUUCGCCAACCUGGGCCUCCUGGCAGCCUCAGAGAUUGAGCUUCAAUUCCCUCCCGUUGUGUUUGGUGUGCGGUGGCUGCCUUUGCCUGAGCCAAGUUUCUCUGGUGAUGGAAAGAACAUCAAGCGUCAUCAGAGGAGGUUCCACAGGUUCUUGAAGGAGCAGGUCCCAAAUGUGUCCCCAUCCUGCACUGUACAGCUGAGAGGGAAGGUCAUGCACAGAGUGAAUCUGGAGCCUGACCCAAGGAAGCCCCAGAGGGUGUACCAAGAGGUGGUGAGGGAGGAGGGCAGCAUGGAGGACAGCAGGCCGCACCUCACUGCCCGUGUCCUGCAUCUUGGCAAGAGUGGUGAGAGUGGAGAUAGCAGUGCACAUAGUGAGGUGGAGUGGCAGGCUGCAGAGAUCACCUUUGACAAGGAUGGGAACUUCUGUGUCACCAAGGAUAACUCCAGCACCUCCAGGCAAACAAAGGACUCGGAUGGUGAAGUGGAGGUGUGGAAUAGGAUCAUCUCAGGGUGCCAGUGUCUCUCCUACUGGGAAAAGGGAAGCAGUUUACCCUUGGAUCUCUCCAAAGACAUUCAGAAGUAUUGGGCUCAGCGGUACAGGCUGUUCCUCAACUAUGACCAAGGCAUCAAACUUGACAGUGAGUCAUGGUAUUCAGUCACACCUGAGUUCCUGGCGGCCCACCAGGCACGGCGGUGUAGGAGUGCAGUGGCCGUGGAUGCCAUGUGUGGGGCUGGCGGUAAUGCCAUACAGCUAGCCAAGACCUGUGGCCAGGUGAUAGCCAUUGACAAGGACCCAAGGAAGGUGGAGCUGGCGCGGCACAAUGCACAGGUGUAUGGCGUGGCAGACCGCAUUGACUUCAGGGUGGGGAACUUCUUCAAGCUGGCGUCCUCCCUCAAGGCUGACGUGGUGUACCUGAGUCCUCCGUGGGGGGGCAUGGAGUACCUGGAGGAGGAGGUGUACAAUGUGUACCAUCUGGGUGGCACUAUGAACUGCGCCCGCCUGCUCAGGGCUGCCCAGAGCAUCACACCCAACGUGGCACUCUACCUGCCCCGCAACAGUGAUGUGUGCCAGGUGAUCGCACUGGCCGGCCUAGAUGGAGCGGUGGACAUUGAGACCACCUUCAUGGGGCCCAAGAAGAAGGCCAUCACUGCCUACUUCGGGGACCUGGCUGCCAAAUGCUUCUGAGGCCGCCAUGGACAUUUUUUUUAUUUGUUUAUUUGUUUAUUUGUUUAUUUAUUUAUUUAUUUUUUCUUUAAGGUUUUGUUGAUUAUCCAAAUAUCCUUUACUUCUCUUUUUAAUAAUUAGUGUUAUUUUAAUGUGAUGAUGAUGGAAAUAUUCUGUUCU